GUUUUGAAUUAGUUUUUGCAUUCAAUACUAGUCUAACACAUUGUUUGCUAAUUAACCGCUUAUUUGAAUACUAAUUAUGAGCCAUUGAUUGCAUUUAAGCCACAGCUUUGAUAAGUGCUGAAAAAGUUUGCUUUAUAUACCAGUGAUCGCUAUAAGUGCCGAUAAGUUGCCAAAACUUAGGACUAACAGUGAAUUUCAGUGAAAUAUAUGCAUUCAAUGAAUGACAGAUGAAGUAAAACUCAAAGUGAAGACAAUUGCGAGAAAUGUCACAAAAGAUGACAACCGAUGGCUUCAAUGGUAACGACGGUGAAGACAAAUCACAUUUAUAUCAUAUUAAGCAAUCGACAUAUCACGUGAAUUAUGCGCCGGUGCGACAGAUAAGGACCAGUUAUCGGGGCAAUGAUGAGAGAACGCCACUGAUUAAUGGCAAUUGUUUGCCAUCCAAUCCCCACAUGCCUUCCUAUAACACACUCAACAAUUCAAACAGCGAUUCAGUCAAAUCGGACUCCAUUUACGAGAUGGACAUCGAAGAGCGCCCUAAGAGUGGCUCUAAGCUCCAGUUCAUGAAGACCAUCCUUCUGGCAUCACUCAUCAUAUAUACCCUGAUAAGUUUCAUAUUCAUACGCGAGAAACACGAGGCCUGGAAUAAUGUGGCCGUUCAGCAAAACACACCCGUCCUCGUGGACCUGUCCGAGAGUCUGGACCUCAUGUUUCCCGUGUGGAAGCUGAAGGCGAAGGGAACGUUUGUGUCCAACGAAUACGCAAACCUAACCGACUAUGAGGUCCGCUUCUCAAUCAUCCGGAUCACCGAAGAAAACAAGAAGUCGGUGAUGAAGGGGCCGUGGAUUGCGCCCAUCGCUCCUAACUUUUUGUCUCUAGAGGUGGGCAGUCAUGAAGUGGAGCACACGUUUGUGGUCAACAAAGAGGAUCAUUAUGACGAUGACGAUCACUAUCAGCUCAAGAUCGAGACUAAUCUCGAAGAGUCGGUCGGAAUAUCUAUCAAUAUUUCUGGCUUUUCUGAGCUAUCAUUGGAUGGGAUACUGUUGGCCGCAGCGGUGCUUAUCUUUCUGUAUGUCUUAAUCAUCUUCGAAGUGGUGAACCGAACGCUGGCCGCUAUGAUCGGCGCCACGGCUGCCAUCACUUGUCUCACACUUAUUAGAGAUCGUCCGUCACUGGAGAAGGUGGUGUCGUGGCUGGACGUGGAGACCCUGUGCCUACUGUUCGGAAUGAUGGUUCUCGUGGCCAUCCUUUGCGAGACCGGAUUUUUUGAUUAUAUCUCUGUUUUGGCGUUUCGGUUGGCAAAGGGAAAGUUAUGGCCACUUAUCCUAACCUUAUGUGCAUUUACUGGCAUCUUAUCGGCAUUUUUAGACAAUGUGACCACUAUAUUACUCAUGACCCCGGUCACUAUAAGACUCUGCGAAAUCAAAAAUAUGGACCCAAAGCACGUACUCAUAGCUUUGGUUAUAUUUUCCAACAUUGGAGGCGCGGCCACACCGGUGGGCGACCCCCCGAAUGUCAUAAUCAUAUCCAGCACUAAAAUACAGCAACAGGGCAUUGACUUCGGGCGCUUCACGUAUCAUAUGUUACCCGGAAUUAUCUUCUGUUUCUUGGCCGCCAUGCUUAUGAUACGAUUGCUAUACCGGGACCUCUCGAACCUCAAGUUCCAGGAGCCCCCGGAACUCGUCGGCAAAAAGCGGUUAAUGGAGUACUUGAAGGUUGAAGUCGAGAAUUUAGACUCCAUUGAGAUUGAACAGAGGAGAAGGGAGGAAAAGGUGACACUACCCUCCCCGCCCUCACAGGACAACGAGGGCUUCACCUACGACUCGACCCAAAUGCAAAAUCUCGAUUCAGGAAACCUAUGUUUUCAGUCAUCUAAUGAGCUGAAGCGAGAGAUUGACGUUUGGAAGAAAGCCUGUAAUUCUAUAUCCGGUUAUUCAAGGGAUGAGAACUCUGUUCGCGGGGUUCUUAAGCGCAAAGUCAUGGCACUCGAGAAUCUGCUCCACAAACACCUCUACGACACCAAACCCUCCGAAGACGACUAUUUGGCUAUUCUCGAAGAUCUUCAGAAUAAAUAUAAAAUCCGAAACACGCCUCUACUGAUUAAGUCCGGAAUAGUGAUGGCAUUAGUCAUAAGCCUAUUCUUUAUGCAAAGUAUUCCGAAUUUGGAUCUCAGUCUCGGAUGGAUUGCAAUAUUGGGCGCUAUAUUGCUGUUAAUUUUGGCCGAUUUCGAUGAACUCGAAAGUGUUAUAUCGCGGGUCGAGUGGUCGACACUCAUCUUCUUCGCGGCUCUGUUUGUGGUGAUGGAGGCGUUGGCGGAGUUGAAGUUUUUGUGGUGGAUCGGGAAGUUGACUCAGGAUCUGAUCAAUUCGGUGCACGAAGACAAUCGCCUGAUUGUCGCUAUACUAGUAUUCCUAUGGGUGUCGGCGCUGGCCUCGAGUUUUAUCGAUAACAUUCCCUUCACGACAGUUAUGGUGAAAAUAAUCGAGGAUUUGGCCGAUAAUAACGAAUUUCACGUCCCGUUAACACCACUCAUAUAUGCGCUCGCAUUCGGUGCCUGUUUAGGGGGGAACGGUACGCUAAUAGGCGCGUCAGCUAACGUGGUCUGUGCGGGUGUCGCCGAACAACACGGCUAUCGAUUCACUUUUAUGGACUUUUUUAAAAUUGGUUUCCCAAUCAUGCUUUUGACCACAAGUAUUGCCACCAUUUACUUAAUCGUGUGUCACGUCGUCCUCGACUGGAAUUACUAAAUAAUAUCUAAAUCUAAAGAGUUUUAAUUGAGUUCAUGUUUUAUAUAAGAUUUUUUAAUUAUAAG